AUUGCGUCAUAAUCAAAUCCUUCCUUGACCAAAAAACCAAAAAAGAUAGUAUCAAUGGAGUACUCAAACAAGAGAGGAGAGAGAAAGUCAUCCAUGAACGAAUACGCAUAGAUGAACCUCUUCUUCAUCAUCUUCUUCUUCUUCUAACUACCACUGAUCCACCUUCACACACUUUGAUAACUUCUUACACUUUCAGAAAUUCAAACACACAAAAAAAAAUAAAAAGCUGCUGAAGAAUCAGAGAUCCCGAGAUCGAAGAUGUUGCCGACAUCGUCAAAAGGGCGUUCAUCGUCUACUUCUCGGCAACCUAAUCCUGUUUUUCCUCAUUAUCUCCGUCGAAUUAUCAAGUGGCAACAAAUGGAUGUUGAAUAUACCUUCUGGCAAAUGCUUCACCUGUGUACCUCACCAAAAGUAGUUUAUCAGCACACAAAGUACCACAAACAAACCAAGAAUCAAUGGGCUCGUGAUGAUCCUGCUUUUAUUGUUAUCUGCAGCUUCCUUCUAGCUGUUUCGACUUUGGCCUAUUGCGCAGCGUAUGAUCAUAGCACUGGGCAUGCUAUCUAUGUAGUACUCUCGGUGUUGCUAUUUCAUUUCAUCAUAACUGGAGCGGUUCUGGCAACUUGUUGUUGGUUUCUAACAAAUAAUUACCUUAGAGAAGAGGCUCCAAAUAGUUAUGUGGUUGAGCAGCGGGUAGAAUGGUUGUAUGCAUUUGAUGUGCACUGCAAUUCUUUCUUUCCGAUGUUUGUCUUACUAUAUGUGGUACAUUACUUUCUGUCGCCACUUCUUCUGGCACAUGGAUUCAUACCUGUUCUGCUAUCAAAUUUGCUCUUCAUGGUUGCUGUGUCAUACUAUCAUUAUCUCAACUUUUUGGGCUAUGAUGUGCUGCCAUUUCUGGAGAAAACAACCUUUUUCCUCUAUCCUAUUGGCAUUGUUUUAAUCCUUUCUCCUAUUUUUAUCCUAGGCGGCUUUAAUCCUUCAAGAUAUGUAAUGAACAUGUACUUCAGUACACGGCUAUGAUAUUAAGGCUGAACUUAUGAAAUAGCACGUACAACAAGCCGGAACUGAUAAAUGGCAGUAGGCACAAUGUUGAGAACACAGGUGCUAUGACUGUUCCACUGACAUAUGAAGGAUUUCCUAGAUGUCGGCUAUUCAUGGGAGCUUUUGUAAUUUUUUAACCUAUAGAAUUUUUUCUCUCUUUUUUUGGGCAAAGGGAAAUAGGGUGCAGAGGAAGGAAAUUGUUUUGUGGUGGAUGUAAUCAAUCAAAUGCUAGAUCUAAUGGUUCCUCAUAUUUUUUUGACGUGUCUGCUCCUUCCUACUGCUCUCUUGGUCCCUUUGUCGAAAGAGUUCCGUACUUACACUCGAUGUAAACAUGGAAAUGUGAAGGCAAAUAGAGCUUUACGAGAA